GGCUGCUCAGGUCAGACACAGUAGGCCAAGCAGCAGGCGAUGGCCACUGGCGUGGCCUCUAGCUCGCGUGCGACGGUCGAGAAACAACUCGAGGCGGCACAAGCGUACGCAGAUUCCCUGGCGAGCGAGAACAAGCUCUUGCGAGACCUGCUGGAGGAGCAUGCGAUCGAAGCAGCCAAAGUACAGCAGAAGCAAGAUCAGCUCGAGAUCUCUUUAGCGUCCUACAAACACCAGGCAGAAUCAGUACCCGCACUCGAAGCGAAACUCAGCCAGCUCGUCGACAUCCAUCAGACAUCCAAGGAGAAGCGACAGGCCGAAGCAGCACAACUGACGACCCAACUCAGCACGUCAAAGGCGCGGAUCCUUGCACUCCAACAACAGAGCCAGACCGACGCAGAGCAGAUCAAGAAUCACGCGGAGCAAAUCGCAUCUAAUAAUCAAAGCUGGCAAUGUGAAAGGGCCGAGCUCGAACGGAUUGUUGCCGAAUCGCAGGCCGACAAGGAGACUCUCACGCGAUUCGUUCACACGAUCACGCAUGCCGCCGCAGAGCAGAUUGACAGCCUUCGUGAGAAAGCACGGAUAGCGGCAGAUGGAGCGACGGCACAAGCAAUCGCAUCCACGGAGGAAAAUGCGCGACUGCAUCGUAAGCUGUCGGUCAGAGAAACCCAAGUUGAGCUAUUGGACGCCUUACUCGCGACCGGACAAGAAGACCUCGACCGCCUCGAAGACGAACUGGAACGAAUGUCUAGCUGGCAUGCGAACGUCAUCGCAGAGCUCGUCGACGCGCGACGAAGCGAAUGUCUGAGCGUACAAUAUCAAGAAGCCGAAUGGCAGACCCGGAUCGCCGACCUGCAACAAGAACGAGACCACUUUGCACACAUACUGUCGUCAGACAGAAACGCAGCCGCACAGACAGAGGCCGCAGAUGAGGCCAGGCUUGCCGUCGCAAACCGAGAGCUCCUCAGAGUAUCUGCGCAAGCCAGCCAGGAUGCUCGCGAGCUUGCCGAACUGCGUGAAGAGCUAUCUCGAGUGGAGAAUCAGAACAUUGACCUCGCCACCUCGCUCGCAUCGGCUCAGAACACGCUCGUCCAAGUGCAGGCGAAGCUCGAGGCGAGCGAAGCAGCUGUAAGGACGGAGAAGAGCGAACGAUCCAUCGAUCUCGAGACGUAUCAAGCCGAGAUUGAGAGCAUGCACGUCGAGAAGCAACAGGCGGAAACAGAAGCGGCUAAAGACGCCGAUGCACGUCGCAAGAUGACUACCCUGCUCCAUACCAGUCGAGCUAAUGAGACUGCCGCACGCGAGGAGCUAGAGAGGGCCGAGACGAUCAUCGCAGAUCUGCAGCGUUACGAGCACGACUAUCAAGAGCUACACGCUCUCGUCGGCGAUCUCGCUCGUAGGAAAGCACUCGCAGAAGGCGAGUCACAGCAGCUCGCCGAACUCAAUAACGCAUUGCUCAGUCAUGGCAACAACCAACAGAAGAUCAAACAUGUCGAACGCAUCCGACAAGAGCUCAGAGAAGUCAAACUUCAUAAUCUCGAGUUGACAAACCAGUUGGCAGAGGCUCAGCAUGCUCUGACUACGCGGCGCGACGACCCGACAGCGAUAAAGACGAUGAACAAAUUGCAAGAAUCAAGCAUGCAGGCGCCUCGCGCAGCACUGCAUGACGAGUCAAACAAUGCCGCGCGGCCCUCGCUGCCGGCUCCGAGACGAUCCAUGGUUCCUCGGGCAAGCGUUCGCGGACGAAUGAGCUACUACCUCGCCCUCGUGGGCACGAGAGACAAUCCGCUGUACGAGAUCACGCUGCAGUCAAGCAAAGCACCGCCAGCGACUGUGCCUCCACCCAGUCAAUCUGCUGCCUCGCUCUUUGCUGCUUUCGAGCAAGACACUCGUCGCUCGACGAGCAUAGACACGGAUGACAAGACAUCGACAUAUCAGCUAGGCCCACAGCCCAAUGCAGUCGGGUUUGGCAAUAGGAUGGCACGACAUGUCAUGCAAAUUACGGCUUACAGCGCGCUCGACGCUCUGGAGGAUGUCCAGAUGUCCAAUGGCAAUAUGUACUUCAAAAGUUUCGACCGCUUCUACGAAUGGACCGUCUCAGGCUGGCUGUCGCCGGGAGGACUACGGAUCAUGUUGCUUCAUGACAUACGCAAUGACGACGGCAUCAGACUCUUCCUACACGAGACAUGGGAGCUCUACACAAAAAUCUUACUGAAUCCUUUUCACGAGCUCGACUCUCCUGUCAAGCAUCAUCUGCUCGAUGAUAGAGCCUCGCAAUUCGGAGACGCUGCAAUCGCUGAAUGCCUCACUCACAUCUGCACGGCAAACGCCGCUCGACUGUGUCUCAGUUCGCGCCCUAUGCUUGCGCAAACUUUGACGCAUUGGUCACCAGAAAAGAAGCGCACGGGCUGCCUUUCACCCAUCUUGAUCGAUGUCAAACGCUCGGAGCCGGCCACAAUGUCAGGGUCAUCUGCAGAAUUUGCAAUCGAACGCUCGGUCUCUCUCUUUGUGCUUUGCCAUCUUAUAAGCUCGUCCCUCCUCUCCCCUCUCGCAUCUUCCUCCGCCGCUCUCGCUCAGUUGUCGAUGGACGUGCUCGAGCUCGUUCACGAGGUGCAGGAUAUGUCUGAUCGAUCAAAACGGCCGCACGCGUGCGAUUGGGAUAAUUGCGAUCGCGCAUUCUCGCGCAAGAGUGAUCUCAUUCGUCAUGAAAGGAUUCACCGCAAUAUCAGACCGUUCAAGUGCACCAUCAAGGGCUGUCCGAAAGCAUUUAUCCAGCAAUCUGCACUGAAAGUCCAUCUGCGCGUCCACUCGGGUGAGAGACCUCAUGUGUGCGAAUGGCGUGGAUGUACCAAGGCAUUUGGCGACAGCUCGUCCCUCGCGAGGCACAGACGUGUUCACACUGGUCAACGACCUUACAGAUGUAGAGUCGAAGGCUGCGGCAAGACAUUCUGUCGCAAGGUGACGCUAACAAAGCAUAUCAAGCGCACGCAUUCAGAUGAAGACCUUGCGGAGGCCACAUCUAUGUCCGUCCCUUCCACGUCUCGCCGUCGCCCGAGUCGCAUUGUGCGACGUCGCCGCGCCAAAUCAGAGACUCCUUCGUCCGACGAAUUCGAUGACGCGAUGUCUGAAUCUGAGCCAGAUUCGGAUAGCGAAGGGAGCUAUCAAUCGUUCAAGUCGGAGUCUGCUCCUUCCCCCGAAAGUAGCUUCUCAAGCAACGAUGGCGACCUUUCGGAAGCUGAGAGAAUCAACACGCCCCAGAGGCGCCAGCUACCUACAUUAGUCGGCUCGGAAUCGCCAAGCACGGCGCGUAGUCAUCGCAGUAUGGGUAGUAAUAUGUCAGAUCAUGGCCAAACGACGCAAUUUAUUACCCUUCCGCCUUUGCCUGCGCCGCCGGCUUUCAUGAAUCAUGCGUACCAAUCGUAUGCGCCCGCACCCCUGCAAUUGGUUCAGCAAAGCGUCCGACCUUGCGAUCAGACUUCGGGCAUCAAUCUUGAUCCUACGCCGACGACGCUUGCGUUUCAGACCUUCAUGCAAUCUGGCGCAGGAGCUGUUCGCUCACCCGUGCAGCAGACAUUCGCCUCUCAGUGGUCUGUCAGUCCGAUUCGCCCAGGCUUCAGUCCUGUGCGACCAGGUUUCAGCCCAAUCAGAGCUGGCUUCAGCGCUUUUGAGGGUCUGACACAUGCGCGCACGCCAUCACAGGACUUCCUUCGCUCGCGCGUACCUUCGGGCGAUUUCCACGCUCGUACCAGUUCGCAUGCGCUGCAUAUGCGAGCCGCCUCUUUCGAAUUUGGGUACCCUUCGAAUACUUUGGGCGCGUUCGGCUCUGAAGACUACCGUCUACCGACCAUUCCUGACUUCUAGGUUACGAAAGAUGACGCCAGCAAACGAAGAUGACACGCCGGGAAGACACCAAUAGAGCGUUGUAGCACAACAACAUAGCUGAGAUGCAUCUCAUUUACGUGCAAAAUUCCU